AUGGCGGAGCCCGGGCCGCAGCCGCCGGGGGGCGCGCCGAGCCGGCACGAGAAGAGCCUGGGGCUGCUCACCACCAAGUUCGUCUCGCUGCUGCAGGAGGCCAAGGACGGCGUGCUCGACCUGAAGCUGGCAGCAGAUACUCUGGCAGUGCGGCAAAAGAGACGUAUUUAUGAUAUUACAAAUGUCCUCGAGGGCAUUGGAUUAAUCGAGAAGAAAUCGAAGAACAGUAUUCAGUGGAAAGGUGUUGGGCCUGGCUGUAAUACCCGUGAAAUUGCCCACAAGUUGAUUGAACUGAAAGCAGAGAUUGAGGAUCUGGAGCAUCGGGAACGCGAGCUGGAGCAGCAAAAGAUGUGGGUGCAGCAGAGUAUUAGAAACGUCACCGAUGACGUACAGAACAACGAAUUAGCCUAUGUGACCGACGAGGACCUGUGCAAGUGCUUCCCAGGAGACACCCUGCUGGCCAUCCGAGCUCCGUCAGGAACUCAGCUAGAAGUUCCUGUCCCUGAGGGUUUAAACGGGCAGAGGAAAUACCAGAUCCACUUGAAGAGUAGCAGCGGUUCCAUCGAUGUUCUCCUAGUAAAUAAGGAUGCCUGGAGCUCUCCUCCGGUGGUGCUUCCCGUCCCUCCCCCUGAAGACCUCAUUCAGUGCCAGCCAAUCACACCCUCUAAGAAGCCACCCAUUCCCCAUUCCCAGGAGACAUCUCUUCCCAGUGGUGCCCACCCUCCUGUGUCUGUACCCAACAGCACGCAAGACCACAGAUCCCCUGUACCCAAACCGGCCACUGUGGCAGAGACAGGCAACCCGACAGCAGAAUCCAAAAGCAGUGAGGGGUUGGACUCGCUCACCCCUUCGACGGUACCAACCAGCCCACCGGCCGGGCUUGAUACGCAGCCCCUCCAGUCCUCCGCCUUGCUGGACAGCAGCUCUGUCCUAUCCAGUUCCUUCACCUCUUUUGAACCAAUCAAGUCCUUCCCCACAGAAAUACUGGAAUUUCCCAAAGAGCUUUCAGAAAUGUUUGAGCCAACCAGAGAGUCUGUGAAUUCUGAGUUGCUGGAAGAGCUGAUGUCAUCUGAAGUGUUUGCACCCUUACUCCGCCUUUCCCCCCCUCCCGGAGACCACGACUACAUCUACAACUUGGACGAGAGCGAAGGGGUGUGCGACCUUUUCGACGUCCCGAUCCUCAACCUCUGACUUUGGCUGCCAGGAUGGACUUUG